ACAAAGUAUUCAACAAAAAUCCAUUCUCUUAAAACAAAGUUUUUUUUUUUUUUUUUUUUUUUUUUUUGUUGUUCAUCAAAGAAAAAGUAAUAUAAUGGCGGUGAAUAAACCAAUUGUUGUUGUAUUUCUUAUACAAACCUUGUAUACUGGCAUGUUUUUACUCUCUAAGGCUGCUUUUAAUGUUGGCAUGAACAAUUUUAUCUUCACUUUCUAUAGGCAGGCCAUUGCCACCAUAUGCCUUGCUCCCGUUGCCCUCUUUCUUGAAAGGAAUAAGAUGCCCCCACUCUCUUUCAAGACGUUUUGGCAAAUAUUCAUGAUGUCUUUAUUUGGGAUAACAUUUAGUUUGGAUUUGUAUGGUAUAGGGUUAACCUAUACCUCAGCAAGCAUGGGUGCUGCAACAACUAAUUGUCUUCCUGUCAUCACUUUUUUUCUUGCUGUUCUUGUCAGAUUAGAGAUGUGGAAAAUAAAGACAGCACCAGGGAUAGCAAAAUUGAUAGGCAUAGUGGUAUGUUUGGGAGGUGCCAUAACUCUCGCACUCUACAGAGGGCCUUCCAUCAAACUAUUUAGCCAUCCUCAUUUACUCUUUGGUCACCCAACACCACUCACCCAAACACAUUCUAAUCAUGCUCAACCUCAUUCUGGCCCCACCUGGAUCAAAGGUGUUUUUAUCUUGCUUUCUGGCAACACAUUUUGGGCUCUUUGGCUUGUUAUGCAGGCUCGAAUAAUGAAAGGAUACCCAUCGAAGCUUUUAUUCACAACACUAAGUUGUUUCUUAAGUUCACUUCAAUCAUUUGCACUCGCAAUUCUUGUGGAACGUCGUCCUUCUCAGUGGAUGCUUGGUUGGAAUGUUCGCCUUCUUGCCGUUGCUUAUUGUGGAAUAGUUGUGACUGGAGUUGCCUAUUAUUUGCAAGCAUAUGUGAUAGAGAAGAAGGGGCCAGUUUUUCUAGCUUUGUGGACACCAAUGGGACUUAUACUCACCAUGCUAUGUUCUGUAUUUCUUUUGGGAGAGAUUAUUACUUUAGGAAGUGUCCUUGGUGGAAUUUUGUUGGUUGGAGGACUUUACUGUUUUUUGUGGGCUAAGAGCAAAGAGCAAAUGACCAUUCCAUCAACUUGUAAAGCUGUUCAAACAGAUAAAGAAUUCGUGGAUUUGAAAAUAGUGGAAGGAACCAAGGAUUCAUCUUCAAUUGUAUAAUUUCUCAACUGAAUUAAGGUUGUGCAUCAAUGGAAGAGCUUUUAAGAUAACACAAAGGAGCAGCAAAGACGCAUGAAGGAGAUAAUAAGAAGACUAUUAUAUGACGAAACGACACUCACAUGUUGCAAUUAUUGGAUGCUCUAUCACCUUAAUUUAUAAUUGGAUAAGAAAUAUCGCUAGUAGAUUAAUUAAAAUCAAUAUAAAUCGAUGGAGAUAAGAAAAAGUGCAGAUCUAUGGUUGUAAUAUAUUGUUUUAAAAUUAUUUUCUUAGGAUUGUAAUUUGAUCGUAUACAUGAUCAUUAAAUUAAAUGCGAGAAAGUACAUAUUUUACCCUAUAUAUUGAUAUGAGGUAUAUAAUUAUAUAUAUAGAAACACAAAGUCUUAUUUUAUGAUG